CUCCGUCUCUCAGGUGUCCACAUUUUACAGUUGAUGUACGGCUGUGAAUGCGAUGAUGAGACUGGAGAAGUUAGCGGAUAUCGACAGUUUGGUUAUGAUGGAGAAGACUUCAUAUCAUUUGACCUGAAGAGAGAGACAUGGAUCGCUCCAACACCACAGGCUGUCAUCACCAAAAACAACUUGGAUCAUGACAAAGCUUGGACCAAACGGACUAAAAUCUAUCUCACCAAGGUUUUUCCUGAGUGGCUGAAGAAGCAUGUGGACUAUGGGAGGAGCUCUCUGAUGAGAACAGUCCUCCCCUCAGUGUCUCUCCUCCAGAAGACCCCCUCCUCUCCAGUCAGCUGCCAUGCUACAAGUUUCUACCCAAACAGAGCCGAGAUGUUCUGGAGGAAAGAUGGAGAGGAGCUUCAUGAGGACGUGGACAAAGGAGAGAUCCUCCCCAACAAUGACGGGACCUUCCAGAUGAGUGUUGAUCUGAAACUGUCAUCAGUGAAACCUGAAGACUGGAGCAGGUACGACUGUGUGUUUCAGCUCUCUGGAGUGAAGGAGGACAUUGUCACUAGACUGGACAAAUCAGUGAUCAGGACCAACUGGGAUAAAACUGGGAUCAGAGGUGGUGGAGGUAAGAAACACCUUUAGUUUACUUUCAUCCUA